CCAAAUGAAAGCACCACCACCAUCUGGUCUUUUUUAGGGAACUCUCGCUUCCCGUUGCAUGUUUCCGCACAGUUGCCUCUGCAGACGUUUUGACACGCAGGCAGUCAGUGUGCAGCCUGCAGUGUGUGAGUGUGCUGCUAGUCUCUAAUCAUUAACAAACCUAUCAGUGAGAAGCGCGUCUGUCCGCUCAGAAGUUGAAGUUUCUCCGUUUGUCUGCAGUCAAAGCUGUGCGCAACAUCAUGUCGCUGCUGCAGCAGUUACGAGACGAAAGCGACUUUGACCAGCUGCCUCAUAACAUCCCUAUCAGCGCAACGAUUGCUGAUAUUGAGGAGAAGAAAGGCUUCAUUGACUACUUUAUGUUUGUGAUUGAGGUGAAGACUAAAGGAGGGAGUAAGUAUCUCAUCUAUAGGAGGUACAGAGAAUUUUUCAACCUCCACCAGGUCCUCGAGUUCAGAUACUCUCCUGAAAACCCAGACAAACGUGGCCCCAACACCUGCAUCCUGCCUUCUCUCCCAGGAAAAGUCUUCAUGGGCAACAAGAGGGAGAUUGCAGAGAGCAGAAUCCCUGAACUCAACACGUACAUGAAGAGGUUGCUGGGUCUGCCAACAUGGUUGCUGCUCGACGAGGCUAUCAGGAUGUUUUUCUACCAGACGGACCUGGACAGCCAGCAACAACCACGAGCUCUCAGGCGUCUCCGCCCACCUACCCGCAAAGUGAAGACAGUCAAACCAAAGAUGGAACUCUUCUCCGCCCCCAGGGCCGAGGCGAUAUUUGACUUUCGCGGCAACGGCAAGGCGGAGUUGAAGCUGAAGAAGGGAGAGGUGAUCUUCCUGCUGCAACGAGUCAACGCAGACUGGCUGGAGGGCACAGUGAACAAUCAAACAGGUAUUUUCCCACUAUCCUUUGUGAAGAUCAUUAAGCCCCUCCCAGAGAGUGACUCCGAAGGUGAGGGUGGAGGCCCCACCUACAGCUGUCUGCGCUGCUUCCUGCUCACCCCCUCUGGAGUCAACACCAGAGAUGUGUGUGUACAGGAGGACCUCACUAUCCAGCCGACGUACAAGGACCUACUGUCUCGUAUGAGGAACGUCUUCCAGAUGGACAACAUCGCCAUCAACUACCGCGACCACGAGGGCGACCUCAUCCGUAUCCUCGACGACGACGACGUCCAGCUGAUGAUCAGGCAGAGCCGAGAUCAGCAGGGAAAAGUCAAGAGACCGGUCAAUCAGUUUCAGUGGGAACUGCAUGUGACAUUGGCCUCUGACCUUUCUGUUUACAAUGUUGAGGCCUGAGAGUCGAAACAAAGGGACGUAGAGAAGUCUUUUAGCAUUCUUAUAUCAGAUCAAUGAACUUGACCAUGUUAGUUGCUGAUAGUGUUUUCUUUUCUAUUCAUUCACAGAUACACAUGUUACAAAUGUCACAGCUGUUUCAGUUUGGUACAUUUUACUUAGGAAUAAACUAAUUUAAUAACAUGUU